UUGGUCACCGGAUUGAGACGACGUGAAAGGCAGGACGCUGACUGGGAACAGGCAGACACUUUACCGCGGAUCUGUAAACACUGAGCACAGGUCUUAGCAGACUUACUCGGGUCGAUGGAGAUCAGUUGGUGUGUACAGUCGCCUGUUCUGCGGUUACACAGCACGUGUCGUGAACAAGCUUUCUGACAGACUUCGCAAAACAACAUCGACAGCGACGAGCCUCUGCUGAAUCAGAAAACGGGAGCUUUUAUAUGUAACGGCACACUGAUCGAUAUAUUACAGCUGGUGUAAUAGGUUUUUGACCCAAAAUGAAGUACAUCCUGGUCACAGGUGGAGUCAUAUCUGGAAUUGGUAAAGGCAUCAUUGCCAGCAGUGUGGGAACAAUCCUUAAAUCUUGUGGCCUCCACGUCACGGCAAUCAAGAUUGAUCCUUACAUUAAUAUUGAUGCUGGCACCUUCUCUCCUUAUGAGCAUGGUGAAGUAUUUGUACUGGAUGAUGGUGGUGAAGUUGACUUGGAUUUGGGGAACUAUGAACGCUUUCUGGACAUCCGACUAACCAAAGACAACAACCUGACUACUGGAAAAAUCUAUCAGUCUGUUAUAACUAAGGAGAGGAGAGGAGAUUAUCUUGGCAAAACCGUGCAAGUGGUGCCACACAUCACUGAUGCCAUUCAGGAAUGGGUGAUGCGUCAGGCAAAAGUCUCAGUGGAUGAUGAUGGUGUUGAACCGCAAGUCUGUGUCAUUGAGCUUGGGGGUACAGUUGGAGACAUCGAGAGUAUGCCCUUCAUUGAAGCCUUCAGACAGUUUCAGUUCAAGGUGAAACGAGAAAACUUCUGUAACAUCCAUGUUAGCCUUGUUCCUCAGCCCAGCACUACAGGAGAGCAGAAGACUAAACCCACGCAGAAUAGUGUGCGUGAGCUUCGUGGGCUGGGCCUGUCUCCAGAUCUGAUUGUUUGUCGUUGUUCCACACCUCUGGACACUGCAGUGAAAGAGAAGAUCUCCAUGUUUUGUCAUGUGGAGCCAGAGCAGGUGAUCUGCAUACAUGAUGUGUCCUCAAUCUAUAGAGUUCCAUUGCUCUUGGAGGAUCAGGGCAUGGUGGAAUACUUUUGCAGAAGAUUGGACCUACCCAUUGAGAUGAGGCCCCGUAGAAUGCUCACCAAGUGGAAAGAAAUGUCAGAUAGAUCUGACAGGCUUUUGGAGCACACUUCGAUUGCAUUGGUAGGAAAGUACACCAAGUUUUCAGACUCCUAUGCCUCAGUCAUUAAAGCUCUAGAACACUCAGCCCUUGCAAUCAACCACAAGCUAGAGGUCAAAUACAUAGACUCUGCAGACCUGGAGCAGAGCACACAACAGGAAGAGCCAGUGAAAUACCAUGAAGCCUGGCAGAAACUCUGCAGCGCUGACGGUGUUUUGGUACCUGGAGGCUUUGGUGUACGGGGCACUGAGGGAAAAAUUCAGGCUAUUAAUUGGGCAAGGAAGCAGAAAAAGCCCUUUUUAGGUGUUUGUCUGGGCAUGCAGCUCGCUGUUUGUGAAUUUGCACGCAACAUGUUUGGCUGGCAAGAUGCCAACUCUACUGAGUUUGAUCCUGAAACAAAGCACCCUGUAGUGAUUGACAUGCCAGAACAUAAUCCAGGACAAAUGGGUGGCACUAUGAGGUUAGGGAAAAGACGAACCAUCUUCAAAAGCAACUCAAGCAUUCUCAGGAAAUUGUAUGGUGAUGCUGAUCAUGUUGAUGAAAGGCACAGGCACCGCUUUGAGGUGAAUCCUGAACUGAAACACCACUUUGAAAAAAAAGGACUUCAUUUUGUUGGCCAGGACACAGAGGGCCAGCGAAUGGAAGUUAUUGAACUUGAAGAUCAUGCAUAUUUUGUUGGAGUGCAGUACCAUCCAGAGUUCACCUCUCGACCCAUAAAGCCUUCACCCCCCUAUUUUGGGCUGCUUCUAGCAGCUGCAGGAAAACUUCAGAGCUACCUGCUCAAAGGAUGCAGACUUUCUCCACGGGACACAUACAGUGACCGCAGUGGCAGUAGCUCUCCAGACUCUGAACUCUCUGAACUCAAAUUCCCAUCAGUUUCAUAGAAGGGAUGUGGCCACUCUGUGUAGGCAUGCACAAAAAGGAAAAACAGAAAAUGGGCAGAAAAGCGCAAAGAAGUAUUAUUAUUUUUUUAGCUGCUCUUGUUGAGGACAGAACAUCAUUUGAUGUGAUCUUCCCUGAAAGCUACUUCAGCUGAAUUGUAGUGUUUCAGACUGUGCUGCAGAGGGCUUUGUGUUGGAGCUGAAGGGGAAGGACCAGAACUGUUGCCUUUUAAAAAGAUUUUAAACAAUCCCUACAACUGUUGAACUUAAAUUAACUAUUUAUAUGAUUAUUUAUAGUGUUGAAAUGGAAAUAAAUAUUUAAUUAAGAAAUGUAUGUAAUAUAAAUGUGUGUAGAAGUAAAUUGAGAAUCUGUGGGUGAAUACCAUAAAUAUGAGCACAGCCAAUAGACCUUCUUAUUAUGUCUUUAAAAAGAGUUUAGUUUGUUUAGUUUGAACAUUUAAAAUGUUUCUGUUGCCGUAAUAAAUUGGAAGUGUUGAGAAAAGUACUGGUGGAAUGUUUCACCAAUUAUUUAUUUGUUGUGUUAUAAUUUUACCAGAUGUAACUAUAAAUAACGAGCAUAUCUUCAUCUUUCAACCUGUGCUUUCUGACAGUAUCAACAUCUGCAAUAACCUUAAAUGGUGCAUGGUGAAAACUUGCUGGCUGUGAUCUAGACUCUGCAUUCUUCAAAAUGUAGAUGUCUUAGUUAUGCAAAGUAAAUAAAAAAAACAUCUAAAAAUGCUGAAUUGGAAAAAAGUGGAUUGAACAAUGAACGAUAAAUUAUUUAUCAUGAAGAUAUGCCCUUUAUGUACCUUGUUUCUAUCGGUACAACUUUGUUGUUAGAUUUUGUGUUGUGAAAUAAAGCUAUAAAAUACGUUA